ACAGUGGUGGAGAGGAGGCUGCUGAGGGAGGCAGGCAGGCGCAGGCAGGACUUCACCAGGCAGGAGUUUCUGAGGGAGGUGUGGAAAUGGAAGAACGAGAGGGGAGAGGAGAUCUACCAGCAGCUGAGGAGUCUGGGAGCCUCUCUGGACUGGAGCAGAGCCUGCUUCACCAUGGACCCAGCGUUCAGCAGGGCGGUGAGCGAGGCCUUCGUCAGGCUGGCUGACUCGGGGAGGAUCUACCGCUCCGAGGCUCUGGUCAAUUGGAGCUGUGCUCUGGAGUCGGCCAUCUCAGACAUCGAGGUGAUCCUCUUCACCUGGAU